AGUAGCAGCGCAGCGUCUGUUCAGGUCCCAGCAGCUCCAUGGGAAAAAAAAAAGAAACCCGAGAGGAGACGAAUAACGGUACACUCCAAUAUUUAUGGAGCCGAGCCCCGCAUGUAAUCUCACCGCACCGUGUCUCCUCUUGUGAUGCAUUCAUGAAUAAAACUGUUAGCAAGCGUAGGCGUUGAUCGGCGCUGUGGGGCGGACGAAAACAAGCGGUCCACCAUUGUCUGCGUAGAAAUAAGAAUGGCCUGGAUGUGGAAGAGGAAGCCGCUGAUCGCCACCAGUCUGAUCGUGGUGGUGUCGCUCUUCGUGGUCGUGGUGAACUACUCGGAGAAGCCCUACUUCCUGCUGCAGCCGGUGUUCGGCCAGACGUUCAGCAGCCACUGGAUGUUCUCCAAGCAGCCGUACAAGGCGUUCAAGCCUCACCUGGGCUACGUUAGCAUCCCCAAACAGGAGCCUCUGAAGCUGCACUGUGAGCUCUGCAGCAUCGUGUCCAGCUCCGGCCAGAUGCUGGGCCAGGCGGCCGGCCUCCAGAUCGACCGCUCUCCCUGCAUCUGGCGGAUGAAUAACGCGCCCACGCGGGGAUUCGAGCACGACGUGGGCCAGCGAACCACGCUGAGAGUCGUCUCGCACACCAGCGUCCCCCUGCUGCUGCAGAAGCCCCAGUACUUCUUCGGCCAGGGCAACGACACCGUCUAUGUGGUGUGGGGGCCGCUACGAAACAUGAGGAAGGACGGGAAGGGCAUCGUGUACAACAUGCUGCGGCAGGCGGCGGAGAACUACCCUCACGCACGCAUCUACGUCACCACAGAGGACAGGAUGAACUACUGUGACAUGGUCUUCAAGAAGGAGACAGGAAAAGACAGGAUCCAGUCCGGCUCCUACCUCAGCACCGGCUGGUUCACACUCAUCCUCGCCAUGGACAUGUGCAAAGAGAUCCAUAUCUACGGCAUGAUAAAUGACACCUACUGCAAGACUGAGGGUUACAGAAAGGUUCCCUAUCAUUACUACGAGGCGGGCAGCCGGGACGAGUGUGCAGAGUAUUUGCUCCACGAGAGCGCCCCCUAUGGCGGGCACCGCUUCAUCACGGAGAAGUCUGUGUUCGCCAAGUGGGCCAAAACCCGUGCCAUCAAGUUCUUCAACCCACCGUGGCAGCUGUCGUGACCCUGGCCGAACCGAACGUGGAAAAACUACACCGUCAUCGUCUUUAUCAUCGUCAUCAUCACCCGGGGGCCAGCUGAAUCUUGAUUCUGACACUAAUGUGCACGAAUAUCCAUUUUGCCACAAGUUAGACUCCAUAUCCAUUAGAAAAGCUCGGUGGAGGGUUACCUGUCACGCCGUUGAUGGUUAAAGUCCAGUUUUUUGACAGUGGCCGCUCAGUCAGACAGACCUCCAGUUAAGGUAUUGACCAAACUGGGCAGCAGAAACAUGUCUCCUGCUUCUUGAAAAAAAAAGUCUUUUGCUCCUGAAUUCGAGAGCUGAAUAUAGUGCACAGCUCGCCGCUCUUCACUGACGACUAUUUGAUCCAUCUGCUGCUCUGUGAGUUUAGCAAGAGAUGGCUCAGAGACUAAUUUUUAAAAAAAAACCAACAUGAAGAAGAAACAACCAUUCGUCAACUUGCAGUGACCUCAGAGGUUCACGUUUCUGCAGGCGCCGUAUAUCGCUAAGGCUGCGUCUAAUUUUUUUCAGGACCAGAACUGAAGAAGAGCGCAGCUGCUGCAUAGAGAUGAGUCACGUUGCCAUGGACAUAUGAUGAGCUUUCCCACUUUGUUUCCUCUGGGUGUCUGUCUUCUUCUGUCAGGCUGUAAUUAAUCCAUAACAAGUAUCAUUCAGGCCUUCAUCUCAGACUGAGGGAGUGCUGGAGCUUUCUAUUUACUCUCCCCUGUCUAGGGAAGCUUCAACAAACAAUGAAAACACAAGCAAAAAAACAAAAAACAAAACAGAUUUCAAACAAACUCCAAGGUCACGGGUGUGUAGAUGUGAGACAGCUUUUUUUAUUGUUAUGCGUGGUUGUGCGUUAACUGACACAACAUAAAGAUGUCAGCUUUUUCUUUUUUUUUGUUCUUCUUCUGUUUUUCUAAUGCUGUGAAAUUGAAUUUGGAGCAACGUGUCUUGGCGUUGGUUUGAUGUCCGGAUGGGUUACUAAUUUAUUCUGAAGAGAUAAAUUCUUUAACAGUGUGCCAUUGACAAUGUGGGCAUCACAGCACAUGGAGCAAUGUGCAAUUCGAAACUCCAUCCUUCCCGAAGGAGUUAAAUCAUUUGUGAUCCACAAAGAGAGAGAUUUAUGUGUGCAGUGAAACCAUUUGAAGUUAAUUGUAUUCUAUUAUCAUUUUGUGCCUGCAAUAUACUCUGCAGUUCAUUGUACAGAGACAGAGAAAGAUGCUCUCUGUCUCUCUCGCUCAUAUUCUCGUCCAGCUUUGUGCCUCUUUGUGUACGGUAGCACUGUGUGAACACAUCUUCCCAUUUGUCUUUGAACGCAGCAGGCCUGUCUCCUGGCUCGGGCCAUUACAUCUGAAUGCGUCUGUUCCAGGACAGUCAAGAAUAAUCAGUGAAAUGCUGAGGUGUGGAGGUUAGCUGGUAGCUGUGGAGGGUUGAGACACUCUGGCUGCGACCGUGACUCCCCCCCCGAGGCUGUGAUUAGUGUCCCGGUCAGAGCCGCGGCCCGGUGGGGAGGACUGGAAGGAUUCAAAGACUUCUAAUUUAGGCGCCUUGAUCCACAGGGUCCUUGACGACUGUAAUGUACUGCAGCUGAGCUUCACAGUCUCACUCCUACUGCAGUGUUUACUAUCGCGCUCAGUUUUGGGCUGUUUCUCAAUAGGCACCGAUUUGGUCAGAAAGACGUAGGUUACAAAUGGCAGGGUUUCGGAUAUCUUGUCAGAAACUACUGUACCAUAAAGGACUCUAUGUUUGAAAUUGACUAAUUUUAGGCUAAUAAAUAAAUAGACAAAUGUUCAACAUUUGUCUCCCGUGAAUAAAUGUAAGGCUCUUAAAAUCAGAUUUUCACUGAGCAUGGAGAAAACCUGCACUGGCUGCACUGAAUAUGAAAAGAGGCAGAUAGUGUGAGACUCUGCACAAACAUCGUAGUACACAGUGACGCUCAUUCACCGUGUAAGCAUUCAGCUGCAGGAACAAAAACAAAAACACAUUUUUAACUGGAUAAAUUCAAAAAAAUACCCAAAUUGAGAAAUUAAAAAUGAAGAGUAGCCUCUUGUUUGACAAAUUUAUCUGAGGGUGGAAGGAUGUGAUUUGGGCUCUGCAGCCCAAAGUCACUUGUGAUAUUGUUAGAACAGCUUUGAAAUGACUACAGACAGAGUAACUGCACAGGUCCUAACUACAUGCUGAAAUGUUUCUAUUGAAAUGUGGUUAAAAACAUUAUUAUAUCAAACUUACACAUCUAUUAAAACUGGCCACCUUCCACUGCUUCCACUUUUUCAGGAUCUCAGAAACCUUUUCAGGAAUUCUUCCUGCAUUUCAACCCGAGGAACUGUGGUCGAAGUUUAGUUCCUGUCCCCCUUCCUGGCAUUAAUGCUUUGACUUGCAGUGGAAAUUUCCUCUAUAAUGUUAAUCAACUUCCUGUUGCUUCUUCAGACACAAGCGUUACAAUAUCUAAAUUGUGUCCCAAACUAAGCCGUCUUUUGCUGAUCAAUUAUCAGACCAGUUUUGAUCCUCACUGUCCUUCAGCCGCAGUGGAAACAAACAGGAAUGUGCAGCUCCAUUUUUCCUUUUGUUCCUGAGCUGCAUUGUCUGAGCUACUUUGUUCCUCAAACUACUUGCUUGAAAAGAGGCUAAUUAACUUUUCAAGCAAAUGUAAUUGACGUUUCUCUCGUUGAACUUUUCAUGCACGCUGACGAGAAGUCCAGAAAGUGUUACUGAUGGAUUCAUAAUAGCUCUUAGGCUUGCAUGUCAGCCGGUCCAUCUCAAUGAAAAUCGUUUCACAUUGUUCUUAGUUUUAACCCAGGCAUCGAUUUUGACCUGCGAAUUACCAGAACCCUGAAGUCUGGCUUCCCGUUUGUCGGCCACAUGUUUGGAAAUAUCUCUUGCCUGAAGAACAGGAAAACCUGAUAUGUCUCUCUCACUGGUUUCCAGGCAGAGCGAGGCACUUACAAAUACUGUGCUACAACUCAAAGCUCACUGUACGUCAAGCUGGCUGACAAGUACAUCGUCAAAAUGUAAAACCACCCUCUUUCACAUUCCUGCGGGAGCAGCCCAGUGGAUAGGAGGCGUCUGUAACACAGGCGGGUCGUGGCUCAGAUUUCCUCCGGGACGACGUGUGCUUGAGUGCUGUGCUGCAGCCCAGCACUGCAGGCGGCUGCAGGUCAGAGUGUCCACCGUCUUUCUGUCCAUGUGGCGAAAACUGCCCUUGAUACUGAAGUGAGAAUUCAUACAGUAUGCCAUGCGUGUUACGUGGUUAACUUACAUCUUUUAUACAUUGCCACUCAGCUUGUGAUUGUGCAGUCGUCUGGCAGCUCUUCACCAAUCAGCUCUUACCUCUUCUGUUUUUCCGCAAAGUGUUGCUGAAGGAGAUGUAUAGGUGCGUCACGGUGCAUGAUUUGUUUUAAAUUGUUUGCUCACAACAGGAAGAACACCAUGUGGCGUUCCUUCUGUUCACCUACCAUCCUCCUUUUAAAAAAAUCUCUCUCUAUAUAUAUAUAUAUAUAUUUGGACCGACUUUUUUUUGUUGUUGUUGUUGUUGUUGUUUUGUUCAUGCAGUAGUUUGUGUGCAGCAUUUUUUUUCUGCUCCAGGUCACAUGUUGCCAACAUUUUCUGCUGCUUCAGGCUGUGCUCUCGGUUAUUUUCUGAUCAACAAAGACUCCAUUGUUCUCUGCCAGAACACACUGGAAGAAUACCCACAGAUGCAUUAUACAGUAUAUUAUGGAGAAUACGCCCUUUUACAGGCUCCCAUGAAUCAUCCAUGGCUCACAGGAAGACGACUGUAGACACAUUCACUGUGAAUUAGUAACACUUGAAUAAAAGUGUGAGCAGAGUGGGAGGCACAAUAUUGGAUACUUUUACUUUUCAGGGGUUUUUGUUUUUUAUUUGUGGGGAAAAAAACGUAUUAAUUUUCCUUAGAAGUUAGAUCAUGCCAGUGUCAUAUCUGUCUGUUACAUGUGAAGCUACAGCGAGCAACCAGUUAGCUUAGCGCAAAGAUUGGAAACCGUUGACUAACUAACUCACAAGGGUACCAAAAUCCACCUACAAGUACCUACAACUAAUUAACAGGCUGGAUCUUGUUACUGGGCCAUUUCUGGGCUGGCCUCUGUUCCGCUAGCUUUUGUAACUCAGUGUAAUUUCUCAUUCAGCAAUAAAGAAAUAAAUAAGUUGUUUUUAAAUAAUAAUUUUUAAAAAAUCAAGCACAACAUCACCCAGAUCAAAGGUCCGUUUUUUCCGACAGUACAUUAUAUUGAAAACAAACACCAAAUGCUCUGAAAAGUGGGAUUUUACUUUUAAUUGUUGUUUUUGUUUUUGUGCUGAUUAAACCAAGAGAUUCCUCCUGUAAAUUAAUGAGCCCUUUCGUACAGAGCCAGUUCAGCUGUUUCCCCCGUUUCCUGUCUUUGUGCUAAGCCGAGCUAACCAGUUGCUGGUUGUAACUUCAUGUUUACUGUACAGAUGUGAGAGCGGUAUCAAUCUAACUUGAAGCCGAUUUCCCUAAACGUUGACCUAUUUCUUUUAACAUUUUUGCCCUGAAUUUUGUUUUGAUCCACAGCUUGAACUGAUGGCCUAAUUUAACGUUCUGAGCAGUGAAGUUUGCUUGGAAAUUGUUUCAUCCAUCCUCAAACCUAAAGCAGACAUUUCUCUUUGUACCUUGCUGUAUAUAUUCAAAUUUAGUGGGGGGUGGGGGCAGAAGUGGCUGCAGAAUGAGGACCAAUUGUUCGAGGCUGUGAAAUACAAAUUUAAAAAUAAAAUUAAAGGUCAUUUCCCUUAAAACAGAGCUGGAGUCCUGAUUAAAACAUCUCCAUCUUAGCGUCUGCGGAACAAAGAUGUGAAUUUCAUUAUUCAGUUGAAAAUGGUGUCAUUAGUUUGGUUGUUUUUCCUGCUGUGAUCAGUCGAGGUGCUUGCUGUCUGCACUGUCUGAGAGUUCAGAUUUUAAAGACAUUUUGAUUGUCCGACUCGAAGCCUCUUCAGUUCACGAGGUAGCAUUUUAUUUACUCCAUCAUGACUGCUGUACUUGUUGCCAUUUUCUCAAAUGCCUCAUGUGCUUUCUUAAAUUGAAAAACUAAUUUUAUUUUCUUCUCCCAUGUACAUGUCUUACUGUUGUUUUUGUGUUGUAAAGCACUUUCCUUUUUCAUUUUCAGGUCAAGUGUCCUUGUGAAAUGUAUAACUUUGGGUGAGUGUUGAGUUACAUAGAAUGUAAUAUAACACUGAUGUUGUUACAGUGUAAGUUCUGCUUUUUGCUAACACAGCUAACACACUCCUUUUACUGGUGGAAAAUUACAUCCAAAUGCAGCAUGGUUUAUUGUAGGUAAUUGAAAUGUACAUUUUGUUUUUGUUUUUUAAAAAAAGUAGUGAUUAUAUGUAUUAUUCUGUCAUUUGCUGUCUACAUAUUAGUUAAAAUUAGAUAUAUUGUGAAUGUUCUCUUCUUGUUCUUUUUUUUUUUUUUUUACCAACAUGGAUUCUGUCUUCUGUCUCUUUUAUUUGCUGUGGGGAUUAAAGAAAACCUAAAGCCCCAUCACGUGAUUAAUUUUCAUUUUGAACAAAACAGAUUAAGCAGCAUCUAAGAAAUCUAAGAAACCUGCUGAAAUAGGCUCAUGUUAUAUGAAUGGAGCUGAGAUGUGCUGAAUUCAGACAGUUCUUGGGAGUUUCGGUGAGCGUGAGAGUUUCUUUUUUUAUGAAACCUCUGCAUAAAUGAACACAAGUUUGAAAUAAUAAUGCUCACAUCCCUGGUUUUUGUGCCACAGUAAUGAAUAAAGUAUCAAGCUGGAAAAUUAAAGCAGCACUCCAGCAGUUUAGCAGUGCACUUUCAUACAUUUGGAGAACUCACAAGAGACAGAUUCAAGAAAUAAUUCUCCAAAGCUAAACUGAGAUAUCCUGACUUUUUAUCUUUUAGUAAGGAUGAAACUCCGUGCACCAAUUUGUAACUCAGGCUUGUAGUAAUCAAUGUUUUAUCUCAACCUUGUCACCUGAAAAUUACACAUACGGCUAAUCUGCAACAGCAAAUAUGUUUUGCAACUUUGAAACUUAAUGUCACCCAGAUUAUGUUAUAAAUGUACCUGCAGAACAUUCAGAACUUUUAUGGUUGUGUUUUGACAACUCAAAGUAAUUGGUUAAAAUUGUUAAGAUAUGCAGGUCUUGUUAGCAUGUGUUUCUUUCUCCUAGACCACAAUCUUUCCGUAUCCAAAGCCUUACCAAAAGAUGCAGGAGACGAGCUGUUCAAAUUUUGCACUUUACAAAAAGUUAACACUCACUUGACAGCAAAAAAAAAAAAAGUUGGUGAAGAUCAUCUGUGCAGCAAUUACAUUUCCUUCAAAACAUACCAGGAAAAACCAUUUUGCAGGAUAUAAUUUGGGGAGUCAGGGUUGUUACUUUCCCAGCCCACAAGACUUAACAAAGCUCCUCCAAGGCUGAAGAGGGCAUUUUAAAACUGUUUCCAGAGGAUGAAAAGUACUCAUCACAAUUAGUGAACUGACCCUUAUGUGCAAAAUUGCUGGAGUUGCCCUUACACAUGGGUUGGAUGAGCCCUGAUGCUGGACGCUUUCAAUUUCAGGGCUGCAGGAGUGGGUGGACAGGGUUUUAUUGUAACAGCACAUUUUUUCUCUCUGAUUUAGAAAAACGCUAAUCUCUGGGUGUCUUGUAAUUCAGAAGUCUUGCUUUUUGUGGUAUUUAUCAAUAUGUUCCACAGCACUGUAAGUAAGCUUGUAUAAUGUUGUUAUACACCCCCUUGGCUCGAGUUUAAUUAAUUGACAGUUUAAGUCGGUCCAAACAUGAGCAUGUCAUUCUGCUCAUUCUCAGUCUUAUUAGAUAACAAACCAAGGUGUGGCAGGCAUCCAUGUACACAUCAAGAGAGACGACUCUUCACAGUAAAUUAUCUCAAAGCGUGCCUCCAAGGCCCAUUCAUUUUCAGAGGUGCUGGAUGGAACCAUACAGCGAGCUUGCAGUCUGAGCAAAGAAAGUAAUGGACAUGAUGUAAUUUGUACAAGCACACAACAACAGAGAAAAUAAUGAGCCGUAGGAUAAACGGAAAAGAAAAAAAAUGAGUCUACCUUAACUUUAAUAGAGAAAAUAUUCCUACAUUUUCACUUCUGUUACCUUGACUGUAUUAGACCUCAGUGUAUUUCCAUCCUGAUUUAGAAAAAUGUUUUAUUUUCCUGCUUUUGUUGUUGUUGUUUGUUUUGCUAGAAAUUGGCAUGUGUCAGUGUUUGGCUGUUAGGGACACUGAACAAGGUCAAUGAGACAGCUGGAGUACUUUCAGUUCAGCGUUUGCAAAUUUGUUCUUGCAGAGCGUUUGACCUCUGAAACAUAUUUGCAGGAGGAUGUGCUCUCCAAGGCCAGAUGGUGCUACAAUAUGUAGCAUUAUUGUAGCUCAGGGACACUUACAGUGGUAAUUAUAAAAAAACUGGAUGAAAGAAGGGGAGAUAAAAACACACAUGAAGGAAAGUGCUAAUUGCGCUUUCUCUAAACUCUCUCUUAAAAUCUGUCCUAAUUCCAUACUACAGGCUGAUUUUAAAGCAUUUUUUUUAGUAUGCAAUGUGUUCACACUGGAAAGGUCGCAAAAUUAGGUAUAUUCAAAUAAACACAGGCUACUAAAAAUGCUUGUCUUUAAGUGUUAUUGAUGUACUAACCCAGUGAAGGAGCUGUGCACAAAAACAUGAAAACAAAUUUUGAAUGUUAUUGAGACAAAACGACAACUAAAAUUUGUUAGAAAAAAACACCAUGCAGUUUUUACCUAAUGUAUUGCACCAUUUCCUGUUAUUGUUACUGACUAUACGAUCAUAAUGUCGGCUACAUUCAAAAGUUUAUUAUGACAAUUAGUUUGUUAUAACUACUGGUUACUAUUAAUAUGCUGCAUGAAUCUGAGACACAGAACAUGCUUGUCGUGUAGAUUACAGAAUCUCACAUAUCUAAAUCCGGCGGCCAUGUUUCUUGUUAUUGUUAGCAUAAUACACUGAACUCCCACAUGCUCUCAUGAAUAAAGUAAUAUUACAACAUUUUUAGAAAUCCACUCAUUCAUUUUUUGCCAAGAAUUAGAUGAGAAGAUCGAUACAACUUUUUAUGACUGAUACAUCUCUAAAUAUAAAGCUAAAACUAGGAGACAGUUAGCUUAACUUAACUAGCUAGUAACAAUCAGAAAGACUAGGGGGCACAUGGAGCCUGUUUCUCUCUCCAAGUUAAAAGAAAACGUAUUUACCACAGCUUUAUAUAUCACUUAUAACUUGUUUAACAUAAUUACACAAAUAGAAAUGUAAACACAACAAUGGUAUGUCUUAACAACGGCCUCUUGAAAUCUUGUCACCAAGAAAUAAUUAUAACAGAUAACUCCCUCUAAAACUGCAUAUUGUCAGUUUUACAUUUUACAUUUUUCUGUUUGUGUUAAUUAGUUUUUGGUAGGUGUUUUUUUUUUUUUUUUAAUUUGGAGAGAGCUAGGCUAGCUGUUGCGUCAUGCUUCAAGGUUUUGCUAAUAACUAGUUAUUAGCACACAGACUGAUUGAAACAAUUUCAUCUAAUCAACAGCAAGAAAGUGAAUAAGCGGAUUUCCAAGCAUUCAUUUAAAGUUGCUCUGGUUGAAAAGUGCCCAAUUAAAAUAAAAUAAAAUAUAUAAAUAAAUGUGGAGACAGAAUCUGCUAAAAUUUUGUCCUUUUAACUAUGUGAAGGUUGUUUAAUGGUUUAGAGAACAUGUCAGAUAGGGUUUUUUGCAAGUAAUUACAUGUUAGCGUUUGUAAGUUUGCAUCAUUAGUUGUGGUUUCAUGUGAUGUAAUGCAGAUUCUGUCUUGUGUUCAUGUUUCAGGCUUGUAGUUGGCUGUAGUUGUACUGUAGUUUGCUGCCUCACUAAGCUGUUCUCUGCAAAGUUUGUCAUUCAUUUCAUUUUCUAGCCCACAGGUUGCUGAAUAAUAUCUGCACAAAUAUCCAUUUGCAUCACAUGACUUUUUGUACUCUGAAUCUGAAAGUUGUUUUUAAUAAAUGAUUAAAUCUAAUUAUCCGUGUUUCUUACAUUUUUUACCCAGUCCAAGUCAUCUCCCCUUUGAAAUGAGAACUCCUCCUAUGUCUCCUACAUGUCUAACUGAUCUGUUGCACUAAUGACCACUUUCUUGUUUGCUGACAGCUGCAGCCAAUUAGUCAGGUGUGUGGGAUACAUCAAGUCCAAGCGCAUCAUACCACCUUCCCCCAAGCAGUGAUUUCCAGCUGUGUGCAAGGCUCAAACACUGUGUUUGUUUAUUCGGGUCUUUUAAUGUUUGCAGCCCUGUUUCCAAUCAUUUGCAUGUUUUAGGAGGACUGUGGACAAAAUGCGUGCUGACAUCAUGCUUUUUGGACUCUGUCCUGU